AUAAGCUGAUAGAGCAGGGUGUAGACAAGAAUGGUGUGGUGAACGUCCUGGCCAACCAGAUCUACAGGCACUGUUUCCACCAGACAUGAUACGGCAUGCUGGGAAGUUUGUAGGGCUCAUCAUAGAUCUUUGCAUGUUUGGGGGUUUGGUCCGGAGAGGUGUCAGACAAGUGUAUGAGAUCUGUGCUGCAUUGAAAGAAGCAGGAGAGGAUUGUCCAGAAAACACGCUUCUUCUACCCAUUAUCAAUGAGGAUAUUCAAGUGAAGAUCAAGGUCACUUCACUGCUCUGCCACCUGGACCCUGCGGACAGUACCCAUUGUUGCCUAGCAACUGAGGUUGUCCAAUUGUGCUGCGCCCAGUACGUUAAGGUUGCAGAUGGGUCGACCAAUCGGUUUGCUAACAGCCUUGUACACCGACAGAGACAUAGGCUUAUCCAGACUGUGCUUCUGCUGCAAGAGCUUGUUACCAUGGAGAGUGUAGAGCCUCUGUGGGAGUUUCCUGGUCAGAGCCUGGAGGUUGAGACGCAGCCCUCGAUCAGACACCUGCUGGAGUUGGCUCAUUGUGUGGGCCUAUGUACAGACACAAGCACCUCCGACACAAGAUAUGGGCCCCUCUUUGAGAGGUAUUGGACUAUUAGUGGAGCCGCGUUCUGA